GAAAUAGCAUGUUGGCUAUUAGCUUACUGCGGGUGAGUAAUUAGACAAGUGGUAUAUUCAGUCUCAUGGAUAACUAUUAGCUGUGACAUAGAAGGUCAUUGGUUAGAGCCAAAAUGCGUUAUUUCGUAUUCAUGAUGUAGUAAAGUAUGCUCCAUUACAGUCGAUAGAAGCCAACUGAGAUUUUCCGUGAACAACCACAGGGGUUGUGGUUUAUUUUUUUUACCGAGCCGAAACCAAAUUUCUAUCACUCCAGGUUUCUGGAGAACCACAGAAAGAACUAAUUUUGUCUGGCAGAGUUUGUUAUCUGAAUAGUAGAACGCGUAUGAUUGGUUUGGACGGUACCUUCAGCGUUCAGCAAAACAAACAGGAGUUUUCAUAGUUGACAAUUACACGUACAAGUUUAUUCUUCGAUACAAUACUUUCCAAUAUGUCAUACGGUAAACGUGGAGGUAGAUGGGGUAUGAAUUUCAUAUCUGGCUCGGGUCCCCAACAUAGUUUGUCAACGCAUUCUGUAUUCAAGGAUGAAAAGUCUGAUGUAAAUAGACAAUCUGACGAUUACAAAAAUACAAAGCCUUCAAACUUUAUUAGAACCGGAGGUGCAUCUGUCCCACCACCGCCAUCUCUUGGUUCUCGUAAUAGUAGAGGUUAUUCAGAUCCCAACGAAGUCCUAAUAAAUCACAGUGCAUUUGCCGGGACACAGGGAGGUUCAACACGGGCUUUUGCUAAUUUAGGUCGCAAAAGAGUAGCAGACGAGGAUGAUUACUUCUUAGAAGAUGAUGACACAAAUAAUUUAGAAUAUCAGCCUGCUCCAGGAAGUCCAGCUGCUACGAAACGUUCAGAUCAAGUUGAUUUGCAGUCAGAUGAUUCAGAUGAUCCUCUAGAUCAGUUUAUGGCUGGCAUAAAUGAGGAGGUUAGAACACUUCAUUCUGGCGAGAAAUCUAUGACUAAAGAGUCAAGUAGUAAGGCAAAGAAAAGUACCAAAGGUGAUGGAAAAGGUGUACGUGAUGAUAUUGAACAAGAAGAUGAAAUUGAAUCAUAUCUUAGAUUUAUGGAAGAAAAUCCACAUCUUGGAUUACCUGGUGAUGAUGAAGAAGAAGUAUAUGAAUAUGACGCUGAUGGAAAUAUUAUCGGUACAGAGAAAAAGACUAUUGAUCCAUUACCUCCAAUUGAUCAUUCCAUGAUAAAUUAUGCACCAUUCGCUAAAAAUUUCUAUGUUGAACAUGCAGAAAUAUCUAGUUUAGAUGAAGCUGGUGUAGAUUCACUUCGAGAUAAACUUGGUUUACGUGUUAGUGGACCUAGUCCAUUACGACCUGUUUGUUCAUUUGCUCAUCUUGGCUUAGAUGAACCAUUAAUGGAAGCAAUACGUAAAGCUGGUUAUAUACAACCGACACCAAUUCAAGCACAAGCUGUUCCAUUAAUUUUAGCUGGACGUGAUGUAAUUGGAAUUGGAAAAACUGGUAGCGGUAAAACUGCCGCUUUCUUAUGGCCACUUAUUAUUCAUAUUAUGGAUCAACCGGAAUUAAAACUGGGAGAUGGUCCUAUCGGUGUGAUAUGUGCACCGACAAGAGAAUUAGCAUUACAAAUCUAUAGUGAAGCUAAAAAGUUAGCUAAAGUGUAUAAUUUAACGGUUGUCUGUGCCUAUGGUGGUGGAAGUUUGUGGGAACAACAAAAAGCUUGUGAAGCUGGAUGCGAAAUUCUAGUUUGCACACCGGGUAGAUUAAUUGAUAUUGUAAAAAAGAAGUCAACUAAUUUACGUAGAGUUACAUAUCUUGUAUUUGAUGAAGCUGAUAAAAUGUUCAAUUUAGGAUUUGAACCUCAGGUUCGUUCAAUCGCCAAUCAUGUAAGACCUGAUCGACAAACUCUUCUCUUCAGUGCCACAUUUAAACGUCGACUUGAACGACUGGCUAGAGAUAUUCUACUUGAUCCUGUUCGUAUUAUACAAGGUGAAUUAGGCGAGGUAAGUGUUAAAGUUUAUUAAUUUUGUAAUCUUUCAUGUUUCUAAUUUCUUUUGGAUUAAAAUGUUAUUGAAUGAAUUAAGCAAUCAUUAUAUAUAUAUGUGCGUGUGUGUGUUGGGUGAUAGAAUUUCGUUUUAGUUCCAUGCUCAUAUAUACUCAUCUUGGCAGAAGUACACAUUUUACAUCUACAAUUCAUACAGGAAUCAGUGUACUUUUUCUGGAAAUUAUCUUGUAAAUUUGAUUUCUUUUAUCUUAAUUUUACUCGAUUGUGUAGUUACACUGUUGAUCAACUUGAGUAACUGAUGUACAUUUUUAUUCCUAUGUAUUUAAAUCCGAAUCUCCAGGCAUCUUAGUAAUGAUACAGAGUCCAAGAGACUUGCAACCUUAGAAUAAAAAGGAAUUCCAAAGACAAAUAGUUCACAUAUGUAUUAUAUAGUUGCAAACCUGUCAUGAUUUUGUUCUUCAGAACCAGUUAUACUUACGCCUGUUACUCCUCGUGAGGGAGCUCUUCUAGGGUUACUGCCGGUCCCACGCCCGUGUGAAGGAGGACGGUUGGGCAUGGGGUCAGCAACCCUAUCCCUUAGAAAACACCCUUGCUAAAAACACUAAAUAGGAUAAGCCAUUUAAACUCUGUCUUUCUAGUUGAAGGAUCUUCAUUCAGAAGAAUUAUGAUGCCUCAUGGUGAAAAUCGAGAUUCUUCGGAAGAACCAGUCAUAGAGAUCGAAAAUUCAUUACACAAACCGUCAGAAUUACAAUCAUCAGUCCUCUCAUAAAACAAAGGUUAAAACUUAAGGAUCAAAGUCAUAUCAUAAUUUCAAUGUGAAGAAAUAAACAAAUCACGUAUAGAGAUUUCAUGUAGUAAAUAUAUCAAAAUGAAAUUAAGGGAAUUAAUAUCUUCUUCCUCUUCUACCGACGAACUUCAUCAAUGAGAUGAUAAAUGAAUCUGUUGUAAAAAAUUUCAUCUUUUACAAACGAACUACUCUCAUCCCCCAAUAUUUGGUUUUCUUUACUGUCAUCACUAUCAAAAUUCUUUCAGGUUAUAACGACAUAUGGUUUGUGUUUAGAGGGAAAAGAACAGCCAGCAAUUAUUUCUGUUUGAACAUGUAAAUCAGGUUUCUGAAGCCUAGUACCAAUGGCUUCAAGAAACUGGAGCUUGACUGUUUUCUAAUCACCUUCAAAAAUUUAACGUAUCGACCUGAUGUCCUGUGUUCAAGAGAUAUCUAUAGAUUAUUGAACUAUUAAAAAUAUUCUCUUUUUUUUACUGAAGGUCUUCUGAAAUAUGGUCAAAGACUUAAAAUAAGUCAUCCCUCAUCCUCAACCAGUGUAACCGUUUGGGCAGGUACACAUACACCUAUUAUCAUUAAUUGAAAUGUCCCAAAACUUUAGACAUGAAUACUGUUCAAUACGUAUUUGUUUUUAGGCUAAUGAAGACAUAACUCAGCAUGUUGAGAUUUUCGAUAAAAUCGAACAGAAAUGGGAUUGGUUAACACGCAAUUUAGUCAGAUUAACCACUGAGGGAAGUGUACUUAUUUUUGUGACACGUAAAGUUCACAGUGAAGAGGUUGCACAAAAGUUGAAGUCACGUGAUUUAAAGGUUCUUCUCAUCCAUGGAGAUAUGCAUCAAUCCGACCGUAAUACUGUGAUACAAGCAUUCAAACGUCAAGAAGCUCCUAUCUUAGUGGCUACCGAUGUUGCAUCACGUGGUUUGAAUAUACCUAGUAUACAUAAUGUAAUCAAUUAUGAAGUUGCACGAGAUAUUGACACACAUACUCAUCGAAUUGGUAGAACUGGUCGUGCAGGGGCAAAAGGAACAGCUUAUACAUUAUUUGUUGCUGGAAAAGAUCCAGUUGAUUUUGCAGCGUGUUUAGUUCAACAUUUGGAAUCCGGUUCACAAACAGUUCCACAAAGACUUCUUGAUAUCGCUCUAAAGUGUACUUGGUUUGCAAAUAAUCGAUCUUCGCUUAACAGUGGAAACGGCGGUUGUAUUAGACCAAGUGGUGGAUUUGAACCUCGACAACCUCGUGCCAGACCAGGAUUAGGUUUAUCAUCCGAUAGCAGUGAAUCAAAUUAUUGUCCACGCAGUGGUCCGGCAGCUGCAGCAGCGGCAGGUGAAGGAGCUGAAUUAAUUCGUCCAGGUGGUCUACAAGCAGAUCGAUUUUCUGCCAUGAAAGCAGCGUUUUCAGCUCAAUAUAAUCGAAGAUUUGUAUCGGCUGGUGUCGAAGCUAGUAGAUAUACACAUCCAGAAAUGUUGAAAUCAUCAAAUACAACUGAUAGACCUCAACUUGCAGACAGUUUCAUUGUUCAAAGUAAUAACCCAGAAGAAUCCCAGUGUCCGCAACAACUUCGAUCAUCUCCAGUUACACCACAAAAUGUACAAACGGAUUCUAAGCAAAAACGUUCGAGAUGGG